CAAUCCUUAUUAUCCCAAAAAUUUCCCCUUUCAAGCUCCAAAACUUAUAUCCAUGGCUGCCAUUCACUUAUCAUUUCUCAUCUUGCUUCUCCCGUUAGCUUUUCCCUCCGCAUUUGCCUACGAAACCAACCCACAACCGAAAAAAACCCAAGUAGUCAUCGAAGGAAUGGUGUAUUGCCAAAGCUGUGACAACUACGGGUCAUGGUCCUUAUCGAAAGCCAAACCGAUCGCGUCGGCUAAAGUUAGUGUCAUUUGCAAGAACCAAAGGGGACAAGUAAGUUACUACAAGGCCUCUGAAACGGACGGAACCGGUUACUUCUUUGCCGAGCUCCAAGGGUUUGAAAUGAGUCACUUAUUAUUGGAGCACCCUCUUCAAUCUUGUGUUGUUAAGCUUGUCGAGUCGCCGCUCGAGGGAUGUAAUGUCCUAUCGAACAUUAACUAUGGAUUAUAUGGCUCGCCAUUACGGUACGAAAACAAGAGGUUUUAUAGGAAGGAUUACGACGUCGUGAUCUAUGCUGCUGGUCCGUUGGCUUUCCGUCCGGCUCAUUGCGAUGCACCUACCAAGCACUAUUAAUUCCACUAUUUAAUUUAAGUUGAAGACCCCAAAUGAAAUCAAGUUUUUCAUUUUGA